UUAAUGAAUUUCCUUUUUAAUUAUAUUAAAUUGUAUUAAAUAAAGUGUCGCAGAGCUGGACCGCACGUUCCCAAACGCGCGCGCGCUGAGCGCAUAAAGAUCAAGCGGCGUCGCGCCGCCUUUCUUCCGCGCGCAGCUGCGGUAAACAACCGCUGCAGUCCCGGUCGACUGGAGCCGCAGGAGGGCGGUCGGACCAGCGCAGGUGAGCCGGAUAAACACAAAUAACACCGGAUUCACGCAUUCACGCAGCACCGCAGAUUCCUGCAGAACCAGAAGGACGGAGGAGUCUCUGCUGGCUCAGCCCUGAACGGACAACGCCAUGGCCAAUCAGGAAGAACCUGAGAAGGUGAACGGCAGUAGCAGCCUCUCGUCCGGUCCUCAGGAGUCUCCCAAAGAGACCAUGCAGCUCAAAAAGGAAAUCUCUCUGCUCAACGGCGUCAGCCUGAUCGUAGGAAACAUGAUCGGCUCCGGGAUCUUCGUCUCCCCCAAGGGUGUUCUCAUCUACAGCACCUCCUAUGGGCUGUCCCUCGUCAUCUGGGCCAUCGGGGGUCUGUUCUCGGUGGUAGGAGCUCUGUGCUAUGCUGAGCUCGGCACUACCAUCACCAAAUCUGGAGCUUCCUAUGCCUACAUCCUGGAGUCGUUCGGCGGCUUCAUCGCCUUCAUCCGUCUGUGGACGUCGUUGUUGAUCAUUGAGCCUACGAGCCAGGCGGUCAUAGCCAUUACCUUUGCAAACUACCUGGUGCAGCCGCUCUUCCCGACAUGCGAGCCUCCUUAUGUAGCGGCGAGGCUCCUCGCUGCAGCCUGUCUGUGUUUACUGACCUUCAUCAACUCUGCUUAUGUGAGGUGGGGCACCCGUGUGCAGGACAUCUUUACCUACGCCAAGGUGGCAGCGCUCAUCGUCAUCAUCGUCACGGGGAUUGUUAAACUGUGUCAGGGUUAUACCAACAACUUUGAGUCAGCCUUUCAGGGCUCGUCCACAGACCCCGGGGGCAUCGCUCUGGCUCUGUACUCGGCCCUCUUUUCUUACUCCGGCUGGGACACCUUGAACUUUGUAACGGAGGAGAUCAAAAACCCUGAGAGGAACCUCCCUCUGGCCAUUGCCAUCUCCAUGCCAAUCGUCACCACCAUCUACAUCCUCACGAACGUCGCCUACUAUGCUGUUCUGGAUGUUGGAGCGAUCCUGGCCAGUGACGCUGUCGCAGUGACUUUUGCAGACCACACUCUGGGUCUCAUGAGCUGGAUUAUCCCCAUCGCCGUGGCUCUGUCCUGCUACGGAGGCCUCAACGCCUCCAUCAUCGCAGCGUCCAGGUUGUUCUUCGUGGGUUCUCGAGAAGGUCACCUUCCAGAUGCUCUGUCCAUGAUCCACAUAGAGAGAUUCACACCCAUCCCUGCUCUCAUCUUCAAUUGCAUCAUGUCACUGAUCUACCUGACCGUGGAGGACGUCUUCCAGCUCAUCAACUACUACAGCUUCAGCUACUGGUUCUUCAUGGGCUUGUCUGUCGCCGGGCAGAUCUACCUCCGCUGGAAGCAGCCCGACAGACCCAGACCUCUCAAGCUGACGCUGGUGUACCCGGUGAUCUUCUGCUUGUGUGCCGUUUUCCUGGUGGCAGUUCCGCUCUACAGCGACACCAUCAACUCUCUGAUUGGCAUCGCCAUCGCUCUGUCGGGCGUUCCGGUCUACUUCCUGGGUGUUUACCUACCGGAGUCCAAGAGGCCACCAGUCAUAACGAAGCUGCUGCGAUCUCUGACCUACUUCACCCAGUACACCUGCUUCUGUGUGCUGACAGAGAUGGAUAAAAGUGAAUGACGUUCCUUCAAGUGAGAACCUGCUCUUCUUUAGCACUUUCAGUCUGUUUACGUGAGAUGAUGAAACUAUUAUGCAACAGAUGAAUUAUUUAUCACCUCGUGUAAUGUCUUCCGU